UCUUGCAUCCUGCAUACUGUUCUGGUUUGUACCGAUGCUUUGUACUGAAAUACGUGAGAUUGUGUUUUUGCGCUGCACUAAUGAGAAACGUCCUCACACACCCGAUACACAUCUCGUGCUGACAUUGUCGAGAGUUGGCAAUUAUGCCACAAACCCAGCUCCCACGGCCAGGCUACCGAGAGUGGAGUCCGCGAAGAUACGAAAGAACAGAAUCUCCAAGCCGGGAAUCUGUAGGUACCGAUCGCGAUGACGACGAAUUCGUUGAUGCGGUAGAAGAGAUGUCGUUGGGAACAUCGCGGCAGUCUUCUUAUCAUGUUGACUCACCCUCGCGAUAUUCUUUCCAAGAUCAUCGUCUCAAUGAACACCCUCCAGCACCAUACAUGUCCGGCCCGGUCGAUAUGUCUUACAGCGCUGAGCCUCACAGGACAGUCAAUACUGAUGCAAACCACAGGUCCAGUGGAAGCGCGGCCAUCCCAGAGGAGCCAGUAAACCAGGAUGAGAACAUCUGCGAGGAUUGUGAGCUUCAGCAUGAGGAUCUAUGGUACUGCAAUAUAUGCAAGCUUAUACUUUGCUCCCCUUGCUGGGAUAGACAGCUCCCACAUAGACGAAACAGACGAGAUCCGAAUGGGAUUCCACAUGAACGCUCAAAACCGGAGGUUGCUGAAAUGAUAAAUAAAGCAUUGUUGCCUCCAACCGACAGUAAUGUGCGAGAAGAUAUGUACCGUGAAGAUGAAUUCACGGCUUGGUUUGGUAUCGAUCGACCGCUGGAUCAAGGGGCUCCAAUCUUCCAGGAUUAUGGGAGAUUCGCCGAUCUUAUGUCCAGUACAGAUCCAGUCCGCAAUCAACCAAGUCGUGCAUUUCUUAGUCGAGGAGAACAGGCUGGUCGAGAUGCCAGGACGCCAAGUUUGGUCUCAUUUGUCGGCCAAACUGGCGCUGGCAAAAGCACCCUCAUUAAACUACUUAUUGACUUUGCUCAGUAUCGCCAGAAAGCUGCAAAGUUUCCUUCCCCAGUCGUAGGGGUACCAGGAGCUCAUAUCCCAACAUCUGAAGAUGUCCAUCUGUAUAUAGAUCCUCGAACGAUCGCAUCGAGUGGACCACUCUUGUUCGCGGACUGUGAAGGUCUCGAGGGCGGUGAGCGUGAACCUGUCGGUGCCAAAGCUAAGAAGCGGCGGUUGUCGUUGCGAAGGAAAGCGCGCGUCGCAGAAGAGAAUAGAACUACUUCUGACCAAGCACCCCCUGCCCCCAAAGCUGUCACUGAGAGAGAAAUACAGUGGGCAGAUGAACCUAGAGCGCGGAGUCGAGAAUUCGCCGUUACUAAUCUAUACCCGCGGCUACUUUACACGUUUUCUGAUGUUAUCAUCUUCGUCCUCCGUAAUCCGAGAACCGUAGAGACUGUCUUUGAACGCCUGAUAACCUGGGCGAUGGCAGCAAUCGAAACAAGUUCCAAUCAGCCUAUGCUUCCUCAUGCCGUCAUCGCACUCAAUGCUUCGGAACACAACAUAGCGCCAGGACUUUGGGACGUUAAUGCUAACACGCAGAACAUUCUUGAUGAUCUUGCGCCAACAGUCAAUCAGAAUGAAACUUUCAUGAAAUGGGCUCAAUAUUGGAGAGAACGCGGCAAAAUGAUUGAAACUCUCGAACAUCUCGUGCUAUGUUAUUAUAGCUCGAUACAGAUCAUUCGCAUUCCAUCAGACGGCCGCCCGCAGCUCAUGCAAACACAAAUCGAAAAGCUAUAUUCUGGCACAUCAGCCGCUUGCACCGCUUCGCGCUGCGCAAGAAUGGAGCUUCGAAUGUUGUUCGAUGUGGAAGAACUCGAGUCAUUUCUUCAGGAUGCCUUCAAUCAUUACUCCACGACACUGAACUCGCCCUUCGAUUUUGUUCAGGCCUCAUUUAGGAAUAGUCCCAUUCCGCCAGACUUUGGUGGUAACAUCCUGAAGCUAGCAGUUACCUUGAUGGAAAUGACAUGUAACAAGCUCAGCGGACCCCAGAUCCUUCAUGAGCUCAGCUACAUGAUUGCUUCCUGCAUCAUGAUCGACUCAUCAAGACAUGGGAACAAAGGAAACGCCGAUCAAUUGUUUCAAAACUAUAUGACUCAUGUAGACGAUGCAUUGGAGAAUCUAUGUAAUCAACAUUGGCCAUGCGAGUUCACACAAGGCAAUACAGGCAAGCGUUGCAUCAACGUGCGGAGUGGCCACAGUGCCAAGGGUCAUCAGUCUUCAGAUGGCCUAGUAUUCGCUGCAGGAGAAUACCGAUCUACAUUCACGUUCGAGACCUAUCGCGAUUAUUUCCGCCAUAAAAUCUUCAAGUUCCUACACGAACUACUGGAUGAUCUCACUUCGCGAGUACGGAAUGGAGAUCGUGAAGACUCUGCGGCAGCUUCCAUUCAUCGCGACUUUGUUCUUCGAAACUUUUAUCAGCGUACCGUCCAAGCCUCUGGCCACGAAGGCGGAAUUGCAGCACUAUGGAACAGUCAUACAGCAUGUUUAUGCUGUCUCAUUGAACACCCCGAGCACGUACUGCCCUGCGGGCACGUCCUUUGCACUUCUUGCAUCAAAAUGUACGGAACCUCGCUUUCUCAGACCGAAUUCGAAAUAUACCAAUGUCCCAUCGAAGCUGGAGUGGUCCCAAGAAGUAUGAAUCGCCGAAUAUAUCUAAAGCCAAAAUCGGCCGGUGUGAGAAUUUUGACGCUUGAUGGAGGGGGUGUUCGAGGUAUCGUCGAGUUGGAGACUCUUAGACAAAUCGAAAACGCUAUGGGCGCUAAAAUACGGAUUCAAACUUUCUUCGAUCUGAUCAUAGGAACCAGUACUGGUGGUAUCGUUGCACUCGGCAUCGGCGCCAUGAAUUGGACGGUUGAAGAAUGCAUUGACAAGUUUGAAAAGCUAUGCGAGGUUGCAUUCACUCGGCGCACGGGUAGCAAUUUACCCUUGAUUGGAUUUCUCGUUGACAAUUACCAUCAUUCAAAGUACGAAACAAAGUCACUUGAACAGGCCCUUACAUCCGCUUUCGGCGAUAGUCAAUUCCUAUUCGGCGGACAACAAAGGAUUGAAGACAGAAGUCAGGUCUGCAAAGUAGCCGUUACUGCUACCUCAUUAGCUGGAAACCGGACCUUCUUGCUCGCCAAUUACAACAGGCCAAUUUACAACCAUAUGACAGCCAAGUAUCAUUUCCAGCGCCCGGAACGAACAAGCCACGAACUGAAAAUCUGGGAAGCAGCGCGUGCAACGUCGGCAGCACCUCGUUUUUUCAAAAGCUACCACCAUGAGAAAUCUCAGAAGGCGUAUGUUGAUGGGGCAGUGUAUCAUAAUAACCCUGUCAAACUUGCAGACAAUGAGCGCAAAAUUUUAUUUCCGGAGUGGGAGAAUGCAGACCUCAUAGUCUCCCUCGGCACGUCAUUCUCCCGUCAAUUACACAGAGCAGAGUCAGAGAAGAUACAGGCCGCACAACGGGGUGUCGUCUCACAUGGAAAGCUCAUGAUAAAUUUGGUCAAGAAUCAUAUGGCGACCUCAUUGGAUUGCCAAAAUGCCUGGGAAGAGUUCUUAGCGCAUCAGCCGGACUCCAUUAAGUACUCGCCAAAGUUCAUCCGAAUCAAUCCAGAAUUAUCCGGCUCGGUACCUGCGCUGGAUGCUGUCAAAGACAUGUCAGCCCUGAGAAAUAAUGUUCGAGUCAUGCUGCAAAACGAUACACGGAUCAAGCAACUGGCGCUAAUGCUGGUCUGUUCGUCAUUCUAUUUUGAAUGUAAAACUGCAUGUAUUGCACAGGAGGGUGGGACCUUCAGGGUCGAAGGUCGAAUUUGCUGCCGGCUUCCACAGCCAUCAGGUGAGAUGAUGGAACUCGGAAGGUUUUUGAAAAGGAAGAUUCUCGAAGGUAACGGUGUGACGUUCGUCAUUCGCGACCUUGAACGCCAUACGAAGGCCACAGGCAAGAUUGAACUCACUACUGAGGUCGUAAACAGGAUGAUUAGCCAGGGCAUCUUUCGGAUGCCGGCUAGGAACAAAUUAACAUUAGAAAGCACUUUGUCUCAAACUGAUAUUUCAUUAUGGUUCAACGAACAGGACAAGUUUCACAUAAGCGGAUUUCCGCGCUCACUUUUUGACGAUGCACAGAACAAGACUCAGUCCCGACCUUUUAUCGUCUCGUCAUCAACGCGAUAUACGCGGGGUUCAAGGAGGAAGAACAAAUCGACUCAAGACUGGCAAGCUCCCAACUUGAAGACUUUUGCAAGCCAAGAGAGUCUACGACAAUAUCUAUGGAACUCAAAAAGUUUGAUUGCCGAACGUCAUGCGCCGUCGAAUGCAUCGUCUGACUCACUUGCGCCUUCCACCGCUUCUCGCCAAGGAAGAACAUCCCCAGCCAGAGCAGACGAUCAGCCCGGGACCAGACGAGCUUUUCGGGCGCUGUUUUGGCCAGUUAGAUCUCGCGUGCGACAAGAUAUGUCCAGCGAAUACCCAGAAGUUUUGGGUCAGCAACAGCCAUAUACAGACAGCAUGUCCCAUGUAGAUUCGAGUCUCGAUGAUGAUGCGCGUACGACGUACCAUCAAUGGACCAGAGGACUCACCGGCCUUUCGUCCACGUAUGGUAGAGAGCUCGAUUCAAGAGGCCCUAAUGCACUGUCACGUGGACCUCCUCAGGAGUUGGAUGGUCAACCAGUGCCGCUUGUUGAGCUACCGGGUUGACUUUGUUAAACCUCUCUGGAACUUCGUGAAAGAGUUAUCUUAGUCUAUUUCCUCUUUGGAUGUGGAUAAGGCGGAAGAGGUGGCAGAGGAGGCUCUUUUUGCGAUGGCUCCGACAG